AUGUCUCGACGGGCACCAAACCCAGCGGCCGAGCGGGCAGCGCAAAACCAGGCAACGAUCAAGAGCCUUCUGAAGUUGGAAGCCAACAAGGUCUGCGCCGAUUGCAAGAGGAACAAGCAUCCGCGAUGGGCUAGCUGGAACCUCGGCGUCUUUGUCUGCAUCCGAUGCUCGGGCAUCCAUCGAGGCAUGGGCACCCACAUCAGCAGGGUCAAAUCCGUCGACCUCGACUCCUGGACCGACGAGCAGCUCCAGAGCAUCCUGAGUUGGGGAAAUGCCCGUGCCAACAAGUACUGGGAGGCCAAGCUCGCCGUCGGCCACACGCCGUCCGACGCCAAGAUUGAAAACUUUAUCCGAACGAAAUAUGAGCUGAAGCGUUGGGUCAUGGACGGGCCGAUUCCUGACCCGUCCACGCUGGACGCGGAAGGCGAUGACGACGUGCCGCUCAGCCUGGUCAAGGAGAAGCAAGUGAUAGAGAGGAAGGAGUCGAUUCGGAAGGCAUCGAUUGGACAGUCAAGCGCUCCCGCAAGCAUGCCUGCGCCCGAGGGUGACCUGAUUGGCGGAAGCGACGGCGUCUCCUCCCAGUCAGGCAUCGCAGGCCUUGCACCCAGGAUUCCGCCCAAGGCCGAAGCUGCGGCGCCGAAGACGACCAACCCGAAGGAUUCGUUGCUCGGCCUGGACCUCCUGGGGGGGGUGUCGGCUCCUCCGCGGCCGUCGAGCACCCCUGGAGGCGCCUUUCCCACGGGACAGUCCCGGCCUGACCUGAAGCAGUCCAUCCUGUCCCUGUACGCUUCCGUGCCCAAGUCACAGCCUCAUACGCAGCAGGUGUUGCCUCAGCAGUCGUCGAUGGGUGGCUUGGCGUCGCCGACGCUGAACCAGCAGCCGCGAGGCUCCGUCGGCGGCUUCAACGAUGCCUUUGGCAAUCUGAGCAUGUCUGGGUCGAGCACCCUCGCGGCCGCGCCAGACCCUUUUGCGAGCCUUGGUGGCCAUUCCUCGAGCAGCAGGUCCACGCCGAUGACGUCGAGCAACAGCACCUUUGGCGGCCUGGCCGGAGGCGGCUUCUUCGACUCGAAGCCAGCUCCGCCGCCAGCGGCAUCGCACCAGCAGAAGCCGUCGAACUCCGGCCUUGCCGGCUUCAGCUCGUUCUCUUCCCCUCCGCCCUCACAACAGCCGGCGGUGCCACCCAAGCCUGGGCAGCCGUCGUCCGCCAUGGGCGACUUGUUCGACCUGUCCGCUCCCGUCGCGCAGACGUCGGCACCGCCCCCGGUCAACGCUGUUCCUUCGACCAACUCGGCGUUUAACCUAUCGAGCCACCAGCAGAAGCCCGUCGCACACCCGGCGGCCGCCGCGGCCAGCUCGAACGUACUUUCAGGCGGUGGCAUCUCCGGCAUGGACGCCUGGGGCGCCAACGAGUGGGGCAGUCCGGAGACAAGUAACGCAACGACGGCGAAGAACCCCGAGCCGACCAAGCGUACCAGCGCUUCGGACAGCAUGGGCUGGGGAAGUGGGGGGUCUUUUGCCAGCACGCCUAUCGUUCCCGGGUCUGGCGGCGGCUUCAACGCGGCGCCCAAGGUGUCCGCGGACGAGGAGUUUGGCGGUUGGGCCGCCGGUUCGGCUCCUUCCAACACAGGCAACCCGCCGGCGGCCAAGGGGUCUGCAGGAUUUGGAGGGGAUGAGGACCUCUUCUCCAACGUCUGGCAGUAG